AAAAUCCUCUGACGCGUCCAUAUUCGUCCCCCCUCCCUCGCUGGCAGUUCCCCAGCUUUGCUUACCUACGCAAUAAACCUCUCCCUCUUCUUGCUCCAUUCCUUCCGCUUAACAUUUGCACGCCGAGGAGAAAGAAGAAAGAGAAGGAGUGGUGCGCAGGCAGCUUCACUCAAACUCCUUCUUCUUCACUUGGACGGCUGCGAUACUUUCCUUCUUCCCCAAUUCCUGAUAUCCCCUUUUUCUUCCCAGUAACAAGUUAAAGGGGAAAUCAUAUUCUGUUAUAUCCAUGCACCCCUGAUACAAGCAAAGGGACUCCGAUCGAGAUAUUAUUCAUAGAGAGACCCAGAGGGUGAUCCUUUUGUUGGGUUCCUUUCAAUUCCUGUGUUUUUUCCUUCUCUUCCGUCAGGUGAAUUUGAGGGGAUGAAGGGCGAGGAGCAAUCGAGGUCCCUCUUUGGGAUUUCCCUUUCUGAUAAACCCAAAUGGAAGCAGUUCCUUAUUUGCUCCUCUGGGUUCUUCUUCGGCUACCUUGUUAAUGGCGUUUGCGAGGAAUAUGUUUACAAUCGACUGCAGUUCAGCUAUGGUUGGUACUUCACGUUUGUCCAAGGAUUUGUGUAUUUGGCCCUCAUAUACUUGCAGGGUUUCACCCCAAAGCAAAUGGUGAACCCAUGGAAAACAUAUGUCAAACUCUCUGCUGUUCUUAUGGGUUCUCAUGGAUUGACCAAAGGCUCCCUGGCUUUUCUCAACUACCCUGCACAGAUCAUGUUCAAAUCUACCAAGGUUCUUCCAGUUAUGGUAAUGGGUGCUUUCAUUCCUGGAUUAAGAAGGAAAUACCCGCUUCACGAAUAUGUCUCUGCUCUCCUUCUAGUCGCUGGCCUCAUCCUUUUCACUCUAGCUGAUGCUCAUACUUCUCCAAAUUUUAGCGUUAUCGGCGUUGUGAUGAUUUGUGGUGCUCUAGUUUUGGAUUCCCUAAUGGGUAAUCUGCAAGAAGCUAUUUUUACCAUGAAUCCAGACACUACUCAGAUUGAGGUGCUAUUCUGCUCCACUGUUGUUGGACUCCCUUUCUUGCUUCCACCAAUGAUCCUUACCGGAGAGUUGUUCAUCGCCUGGAAAUCUUGUGCUCAACAUCCCUAUGUAUACGGCGUAUUGGUCUUCGAAGCUUUGGCUACAUUUGUCGGUCAAGUCUCGGUUUUGUCCCUUGUUGCUAUCUUCGGAGCUGCCACUACUGCCAUGAUUACAACUGCUAGGAAGGCAGUCACUUUGUUGCUAUCUUAUAUGAUAUUCACAAAGCCAUUGACCGAGCAGCAUGGGUCUGGAUUGCUACUGAUCGCCAUGGGAAUCAUGUUAAAGAUGAUGCCAGAUGCCAAACUUCCUCCGAAGAUGAUCACACGUAAGCAAUUGGAGUUACACGAGGAAACCAAUUCGGGUGUAGGAAAAGGUGAAGAACAAGAAGAUGAAGAGAAAAGACCCCUAGUUUGAAGGAUAGAAACACAACUGUUUUUGAACAAUCCAUCCAUUCUUUUCCUUAACUAGUUUGAUUCUUUUUGGGUUGCUUGAUUUCUUGCCGAACAAACUUCGAAACUAGAAACGAUAAACGAUAUCAAAGGAGUAGAUAGAUUGAUGAUGUUUUACUAGAUCGUUACUUUCUGUAUUCCGUAUCAUAAAUUAUGAAUGCCAAGCUGUUGAAAUCC